GCCUCGGGCUGCUGCAGGUGCAGAGGCAGAGGGAGGGAGCAGAGCUGUUUUCCACUGCCCUGCCCAGCACUGCGGGCUCAGAUCUGGGCUAAAAGUCACCGGGGGCAGAGGAGCCCUUUGCUGUUCCUCUUUUGGAGGCUUCUUUGGGAUUUGCAGCCCGGCUGAGCCCCCGCUGCCCCGCUGGGGACUCAGGUGACGCGCAGGGAAGGUCAUUCCUGCGCCCAGGGGCUGCGUCAGUCCCUCGCUUAAGGAGCUAUUUUGGGACACGGGUCACAGGGUUUGGGGACCUGCAGGUUGUUCCCUGGCUGGGGGCCGGGACUUUCCAUCAGCUCCAGCAGGACAGGGCCUGGAGACCGGCCCUGGAGCGAUGGAGGAGGCUCCUGAGGGAUGGAUCUGCAGGAAACGCGCUCGGCCCUCGAGGAGAGCUUUCCUGCCUGCGAGAUCCCGGGGGCCAGAGGCAGCCAAAGCCUUUCCUUGCCUGGAGGAUUUCAAAGCAGAGGGAAAAUGCCAGCAAACAGCUCCCAGGGAGAAGAUUUGUCACCAGGCAGGCUGGAGCGUCACACUGAGCCAAGAGUCUGGACAUGUCAGUGCUGCAGCAGUGCCCUUCGCAGGCACCCUCCGUGCUCCAGGACUCUGCCAUCUGCAUCCCAGCGCGCUGCUCCGCCCUGUCCUCACAGGCCACGAGGAUUCUGCGGCUCCAUCUGCCCCCAGGACAUCGGGGAGCUGUUGGAGACCUUCCCCCCGCCGCGUGUGCUCAGCCCAGAGCAUCCUGCCCCGCUGGGGGAUGGCGCACGAGAUGCUUUUCCUGGUUUUAUUCCCUAACUCGAGCCGUCAGGGCGGCUGGAAUAGCUGCACAGCAGAAGCUCCUUCCCGCCCCAAAGGUGAGGCUGAUCCCACAGCCAGAUGCAAUCCCAGCCUGAGGCUCAUCCUGCUGCCAGUUCAUCACAGGAGCUCUGGGAAAAAAGGGGCUCUGAAUGACUCAAAGCGCCUCUCUUGGGGUUCAGCCACCAAAAGGUUCAUCCCCUGCCCCAGAGCACCAGCAGAACGCACAAAUUAUUCCUGGGAAUUGGCCCAGGAAACCACCUGGCCUGUGCCUGGGCUCUGCCAUUGGCUGAAAUCCCACAUUUCUGGGCAGCACAGGCAGGAGAGAGCCCAGGCAAGGUCAGGACAGCUCAGAGCAGAGCAGGAGGGCUUGGGAAGGGCUGGGAUGUGCUGGGAUGAGCUGGGAUGUGCUGGGAUGUGCUGGAAAGGGCUGGGAUGUGCUGGGAAGAGCUGGGAUGUGCUGGGAUGUGCUGGGAUGUGCUGGGAUGUGCUGGGAAGGGCUGGGAUGUGCUGGGAUGUGCUGGGAUGUGCUGGGAAGGGCUGGGAUGUGCUGGGAAGAGCUGGGAAGAGCUGGGAUGUGGUGGGAUGCAGUGGGAAGAGCUGGGAUGUGCUGGGAAGAGCUGGGAUGUGCUGGGAUGUGCUGGGAAGGGCUGGGAUGUGCUGGGAUGUGCUUGGAAGGGCUGGGAUGUGCUGAGAAGAGCUGGGAUGAGCUGGAAAGGGCUGGGAUGAGCUGGGACAGGAUGGGAAGAGCUGGGAUGUGCUGGGAAGAGCUGGGAUGUGCUGGGAUGUGCUGGGAAGAGCUGGGAUGUGCUGGGAUGUGCUGGGAUGUGCUGGGAUGUGCUGGGAAGAGCUGGGAUGUGCUGGGAUGUGCUGGGAUGUACUGGGAUGUGCUGGGAAGAGCUGGGAAGAGCUGGGAAGAGCUGGGAUGUGCUGGGAAGAGCUGGGAUGUGCUGGGAUGUGCUGGGAAGUGCUGGGAUGAGCUGGGAAGAGCUGGGAAGAGCUGGGAAGAGCUGGGAUGUGCUGGGAUGUGCUGGGAUGUGCUGGGAUGUGCUGGGAAGAGCUGGGAUGUGCUGGGAAGAGCUGGGAUGUGCUGGGAAGAGCUGGGAUGUGCUGGGAUGUGCUGGGAUGUGCUGGGAUGAGCUGGGAUGUGCUGGGAAGAGCUGGGAAGAGCUGGGAAGAGCUGGGAUGUGCUGGGAUGUGCUGGGAUGUGCUGGGAUGAGCUGGGAUGUGCUGGGAAGAGCUGGGAAGAGCUGGGAAGAGCUGGGAUGUGCUGGGAAGAGCUGGGAUGUGCUGGGAUGUGCUGGGAAGGGCUGGGAAGAGCUGGGAUGUGCUGGGAAGGGCUGGGAAGAGCUGGGAAGAGCUGGGAUGCGAUGGGAAGAACUGGGAUGUGCUGGGAUGUGCUGGGAUGUGCUGGGAUGUGCUGGGAUGUGCUGGGAUGAGCUGGGAAGAGCUGGGAAGAGCUGGGAUGUGCUGGGAUGUGCUGGGAUGUGCUGGGAUGAGCUGGGAAGAGCUGGGAUGUGCUGGGAUGAGCUGGGAAGAGCUGGGAAGAGCUGGGAUGUGCUGGGAAGAGCUGGGAUGUGCUGGGAUGUGCUGGGAUGAGCUGGGAUGUGCUGGGAAGAGCUGGGAUGUGGUGGGAUUUGCCCAGUUCUUGCUUUAAGGGGCCGGAUCAGGGCUGCGAGGGGAGCCUUGGGAGGGAAGGUGUGCCGGGGUUAACCGAGCACAAAGGCAGCAUCCCAAAAAAAUGUGUUCAUGGGCAAAAAAAAAAAAAUAAAAAAAAUGCAGCGCUCAAAUCUAUUCUUCAUGCUCCAGUAAGUUCCAGAUGCCGGGAUGGGGAUGUGGAGCCUCACAAACACCUCCCAGCUCGGGGGCAGCGCCUUGUGCCCCCCGCCUGCCGCUGUCCCCUCCCCAGAGGGGGACACCCGCCCCUAGAACUCGCCAUUUCACCAAACCCACCGGGUUCCAGCCCCCAGCUGCCCAGCUGAGCGCAGAGCUGCCCAGAACCAGCCCCAAAACCGUGAGGAACCUCCAGGUGGGCGCACGGGGAGCGGCCCCGGCCCGGUGCCACCGGGAGAUGCUGCAGCCCUGCCCGCCUCCCGCAGCCACCGGGAUUUGUGCAAAGCUCCCAGCGCCCGGCCUGGGCUUUUUUUAUCCCUGGCUGCUCUUACGUUGACAUUCUUAGCUGUGCCACUGGCUCCAGC